CGGUGAAUUGUCUCUUCAGCGAGUGAUUGUGUCAAUUAUCGGGCUUAUUGCAUGCAUAAUGGUUGUAGUGGGAUUUAAAGCUAAAUGGUCGGCAACGUUUUUAGUGCUUUUCCUUUCGGUCUUUAAUGUGCUGAUGCACAACUGGUGGUCAAUGCAUCACAACCAUCCCCAACGCGAUUUCUUAAAAUACGAUUUCUUCCAGACCUUGAGUAUUAUGGGUGGUUUGAUGCUGUUAGUAAAUAUGGGUCCUGGAGGUAUUUCAAUAGACGAGAAGAAAAAAGUCUUUUAA